AUGAGUGCCUCCAGUCUCAUCAUUCCUCAGCCUCUUGCAGAUGUUCUGCGAAAUCAUCAAAAAGAAGCACUUCAUCUGAUGUGGAAGCGCUUGGUAGAUGAUGGGAUUCUCGGCAUGGCCAUUCGAUCUCGCACAACUACGAUCGAGCAGCGGGUGUUACUCUACCACGAGGUAUAUGGUUACAUUAUAGGGCACUCUAUGGGUCUUGGAAAGACCCUUACCACUCUCUGCUUUAUAAUGCUUCUGGAAGCUCGGAUACGGGCGUUACUCACCGCGCAUCCCUCAGCGCCACAAAAUGAUAACCUCAUCAAAAAUAAUAUAAAUGGGCGUCUUAGCCAUCCUGAUUAUUGUCCUUCCUUGCGUAUAUUGGUGAUAUGCCCUAAAAGUCUAGUUCUGCACUGGCAAGACACCAUCGAUGAGUGGGUGCGUCCAGAACUAUUCGAAGAUGUACGAUUGCCAGUUUAUAUUCCCAGCACAACGCACGCUGAUGCAUUGCCAGAUAUGUUGACCAUGUAUUAUCGUGAGGGAGGCAUCCUCAUUUCGGGGUAUGAGGAGUACCUAUCUCUCACAAAAAACUUUUCACAAGCGCACACUGGUGCCGCAACACCUCUUCAUCGCACCGCGCCGCUAGAUCGAGUCUGGUCUGUGGUGGAUCGUAUUCGGCGCGUUCUCCCGCUGCAGCCCAAGGUGCAGUUUUUGGAGGUAUUGGAGACUGCAGACGUUGUCGUCCUCGAUGAGGCUCAUCGUCUGCGGCAGGCGACCUCCAAGCUAGUUCUUGCUCUGCGUCGCCAUCUACACAAUAUGCAGCUUCGGGUAGCCCUUACCGGCACACCCCUUCAGAACCAUCUUGAGGCGUAUAAUGUUAUGCAGUCCAUAGUGACAGGUAAAGAUCUUGACAGCGCAGAGUUCCAUAAGUGCUUUACUAUUCCAAUCGAAUUAGGCCAGUGUGUGGAUGCUACCUACAAUCAAUUUAUCGAAAUGCAACGCUGUGUGGCAUCGUUGCGGCGAUACUUCUCCACGAUCGCUCACCACUGUGGCCCAGAAGUGCUUGAGCAAAGCCUUCCACCACGUCGAGAAUUGACUUUCUUUUUUCGCCUCUCCCCACAACAAGAGGAGCUCUACAAGCAAAUGCUAUCGCAGUUCCUGAAUCGCCAUUUAGCUAGGGAGUCCAAAGCGCUCACGCUGCAUCACUGCGCCUCCCAUAUCAGCCUCCACCCUAACUUGGUGGACCAGACAGCAAACUGUACAAGGCAGCCGCUUACCGCAUCCAUGCAGGACGCCAGCAAUGCAGAAUGGCAAAAAGAUUCUUCUGGACUCGAAUCCGAAGCUGACGAAGUGGAGGCGGAUACCGCAGCCGCGUCAGUGGUGGCGUCUGUGGAUCUUGGUCAUUCACCCAAGUUACGCUUUGUUGUGGAACUUAUUCGCAUCAUCGUAAGCGCCUCAACAGACGAAAAGAUUGUUGUUUUCUCACACUACGUACAGCACUUGGUCUUCCUACAACGCGUCUUGUCAGUGAUAUGUGGUGUUGCACCGGGCAUCCUCAGUGGCAGCUCCUCUGAUACUAGGCGACGAGCGUUAAUAACGCAGUUCCAAAAAGAGCCCAGUUGCCACAUCCUUCUCGCCUCAGUGCGGGUAGGCGGCGUCGGCAUCAACCUUUCGGUCGCAAAUCACUGUGUUUUGCUCGACGUUGGGUGGAAUCCUACAGACGAUAGCCAGGCGACCUACCGUGUAUACCGCCUCGGCCAGACGCGACCUGUCACCAUUUACCGCCUCGCGACCUACGGUACCUCAGAGCACAUCGUGUUCUCCUACGCCUUACAGAAGUCAUGGCUUCACAAAAAGGUCGCCGAUGUGAUCGAUCCGACGCGGCAGGAGCGUCACGUGAAGGACAGCUACUUCUUCUACCCCUGUUCCCUUCCACUACCCAAUGGGGCGCCACAGGAGGAACGGGGCGCGUACUGGGCCUCGUUCUGCCAAAGGGAGUGCCCAUACGCGGCACAGGCCCUAAAAGCGUCUGUGACGCCGAGCCUGAUGGACAGCCUCUACGCCGUGAUCUCACACAGCUUUCUCCUGCGUGACAACGAGGACGAGGUGGUGAGGGAGGUUGGGAAACGACUUAUCUUGGAGCGGCGGGAAUCAGAGUCCCUCGUGCCGAUUCCGCUCGUGGACGCCGAGGACGCGACGCACGACCUGUCCGAGGGCGGUAGCAGCUCAACUAAUCUGGUGGACCUCUGUGAGGAAAAGUUAGUAGAUAUUGCUAGAAGGGCUGCUAAUCACUGUGUUUGGUAUGUGAUGCGGCUUCAUCGACAGGAUGACUGGGAAGCGGCGGCUAAUGGGAAUGAUGACAAGGCAGAUGCUGUAAGGAAAAGGGAUGCUUCUGAGAUACACUGUCGGCUGGCAUGUGCUCUGCUUCCCUUUGUCGCUUCUUCACAAUCGAGACCACCCCACGGCGCUUCUGUAUCGUUGGUAGAGGUGUUGCUUGCGAUGUAUCAAAAGGGGGUGCACAACGCGCUGAGCCUCCACCUCAGCACAAGUCCCUACAUGAGGAUGCGCACCUACCUGGCAAGUAUCGUUCCGCAGACAGGUCGCAACCAACGCUCUACCAUGGCGAAAGGAUUGUUGGAGGAAAAGCUGCUCUUCCGACCAUUCCAUCUUCUGCGAGCUGUAGGCGAGCUUGAACAGUUGUAUUUGGCUACAGAGAUGGGCUACACUCGUCCGCUUGUACCACAGUGUUUCCUUGAUGGUACCCUCACCUGCGCUCGUGAAGGUAUUGGUUUACAAGAUCAAUCUGAGAGUGCCCUGAAAGAACUUGCUAAUCUCUUGAAUGUGUACCCCUCAUCGUAUGGAAAUGGCAUUUGUGACGCCGAUGACAGGGAUUACCUCCAGUUGGUCCGAAAUAACGUCAUAAACGAGCUCGACCGCUGUUUUAAUGAUAUAUGGCCUUCCUGUGGAGGCUUCGUGCUGCCUCCUCUAGUUGUAAAUAUUGAGGUUGAGGAAAAGUUGAUGCUGUGUGCCUACACUGCAGCUGAUCAAGACGCAGGCGGUAUAUUCACGAUCUCAGAAGUAGCUGAGCAUCUGCAACUGCGGAGGUACCUAGGUAUAAAGACACACGAAAAGCUGUAUGCCUGCAAUAGAUGUCGGCGGACGUACCUAGAGCGGGUUUCGGAUGUAGUAUUUGAGUGUGCCCUCUGCCAUUAUAACAUUGAGUUCGAAAUUAAAAGCAACAUGAGCUGCCAGCAGCGUGCUACACUAUAUCAGUGGUCUGUAGUUUGCAAUCUGUUGGAUGCCUUCUCGAUUUCCAAGAGCUUCAGCGUACCCUUCUCACCCGCUGACUUUCCGUCAGUUUGGGAUGUGCUUUGUCGUCUGCGCGGCCCACGCCCUGUAUUUCAUUAUGUGCAGCGGUGCAUGACGGAAGGCGUCAACGCUCUGCUGAGCGACUUCACAGACCAAUGUAUCCAACUACUUUCACUUCAGAGUGGUACUGGUGAAGAUCGGGAGCUUCUGCGCCACCUCCUGUGUUGUGGUGCGCGCAUGGUGUGGGGCAGAAGUCUGCGAAAGCACCUUCGUGAAGCCCUCUCACGGUGUUUUAAAGAGCUGGUGCAUCCCAGCUCUCUGUCCAACCUCACCUCGAUGCCUCUGAUGUGCCUCAUUCUCGCUCUUUACCACGCAGCGCGGCACGAAGGUGUAAAUUUCGCUUCUGAGCUGCUGACCAAUGACGGAACAGAGUGGUGCGGGCGUCGUGCGCUUCUGCGAUUUGCAUGUGAUGGAUUGGUCAAGAUGCUGUAUGCGGAGAAGCUGAUAGAGCAUUGCCGUGAGAUCCCAAACACUACAACAGAGCCGACUGCAAUGUCUUCGUCGGCCUCCUCCUCACCAUCCCCAUCACUAUCUUCGGGCUUACCCAGAGAAUCUGUGGAUUCCACCUCAUUCUCACGAGAUUCCUCACUCCUAUCUCAACAUAGGAUCUCUCGGGGCAGCGAGAAUAGCGAAGACAGCGUUUGGCCACCCCGAAAGCGGCAGAAAGGUGUGCCGAAUUCGAACGACUCGAGCAUGGACAGGGGGACGCAGGCAUCGUCAUCAUCCUUCGGCUCUUGCUACUCUUCUGAUCGCAGCAGCUUUCCUGAUUCCCCCACGCCUGGUAGAAACGAGGCACAGGACGAAUUUGGAAAGGAGGAAAAGACCGCAGAGCAGCUAGAAAGCGAGGCAGUGUUACAGCAACGCUCCACACAGUAUUGGGUUGCGUUCUGUGAAGUGUAUGGCACACAACUUGUGGAGACGCUCAAGGUGUACGUUGAGGACGAAAACCUCGGCAUGGUGUUGCUGUCCCCACCGCCCCCCUACUUUUGGGUCUCGCAUCUGCUAAAGGCCUCUAGCCAGGGUACGACCAUUUCUACUGUUAUUGACUCUUUCCUUACCAAGAUGCUUGAGCUCUCCGUGCACGUUCGUUUGAUAAAGUGA